GUCUGGUUUUUUGUGGGGGGGCUUUUGCUUUCCCUUUGCUGCUGGCUUCAGGAGAAGUCGUGCCGGGCGCUGCACAGCGGCGGUCCGUAGCGUACAGAUUUGUCCUGCGCCCCGACCGCAGGCCAGGGACGGCCCCCAGCAGCAGGAUUCUGCCCAUCGGGGAGGAAAGUUGCCCCACACUUUGUGGGCAGCGGCGCAGCCCAGCCCGGGGGGGGGGCUCCCAGGGAAUGUGGGGCGGGCGGCGGACGCAGAGCCGGGGCUGAUCUCUCACCCCAAUUCCCACCUUUCCCUGGGACAGCCAUGGAGCACGUCGCCCUCCUCCUCCUCCUCAUCUCCCUCUUCUUCCUCUGCCGAGCCCACGGCUCCCAGGAGUGUCGGGAACAAGCCGUGUCUGCCGGCGGAGAGCUGCGGCUGCUGCUGGAGAAACCCCUGCAGGGGUGGACAAGGGUCAUAUGGAAAGUGAGACUGGAUACGGGACUCAAGCAACGGAUCCUGAUGGCUGAGAAGGAUAAAGAUGCCGAAUUGGUGGAUGGCCCUUUUUCUGGGAGAGUCCUUUUCCAGCGGGAGAGCCUGUCCCUGCGGAUCAGCCGGGUCAGCACGGCAGACAGCGGGGUCUACUUGGCAGAAUUUGAGGAUGCAGCAGGAGCUCUUACUCACCUGUGCUCCCGCGUGCGGGUGUGGGAGCCCGUCCCCCAGCCGCGCCUGGAGAUGCGCGUCCUGCAGCGGGAGCAGAACCGCUGCAACCUCUCCCUGCUCUGCACCGUGCCCGGCGCCGACGCCAACGUCUCCUACAGCUGGUCCUGCUCCGGGGAUCCCCUGGGAGCCCUGGAGCACCAGCCCCGGCUGCACCUGCAGGUCCUUGGGGACGCCGAUGCCACCGUCUGCCGCUGCAACGCCAGCAACCCGGCGAGCUGGGGCACGGCCAGCACCGACCUGGCAGCAGCCUGCCGCCACGCUGCGGGCCCAGGCGUUUCAUGGUCCUACUGCAGCGUGAAGGGGAUGCUCUGUCUGCUGGUGCUGGGCAGCCUGGGCGCCGCCGUGGCUGUCACGCACCUCCUCGUCCGGCAGCAGGGUGCCCCCCCCCAUGGUGCUCCCAGCAAUUCGGGUGCCGGGUAGGACCCCCCCACUCAAGGUGGGGACCCCGCAAAGCAGCCGCCGGCCCCCACCCCUUUCCGCACAUCAGUUCAGGCGUCAAAAUUCCCCAAUUUUUAUCCAUGGUGAGCGUGGAUUAAAGAAAAAAAUCAACUUUCCCCCCCCCACCCCAGCAGUUCGUAUUUCACAUUUUUGAACAAGUUCUGGGCUCUUCUGAGGAGGAGAUCGAAUGGGCUGCGCUGGUUUUCACCCCAAAAGAUGGGGCUCCCCUCCAACAACCCAGGGCAAAGCUUCCCCUGCCCCAGAAGAGCCCCCCCCGGGGGGGUUAUUUUGAGCAAAAAGGGACA